AUGAUACCAGUCCUUGGCCGUUCACCAGGGUCACUGGACGUAACUUCACCAGAUCCUUGGACACAGAACACUGUGGAUGAAGUGCUUGACUCAGAUACACCAUUUUGGUCCGGUUGCCCAAUAAUGGGUGAACGCGCAAGAUUCCAGCUACCUUCAUUUCGAUUAACCAUAAUUUUUAUGCUGUGGGUGGCAGCCAGGGAAUCCAGCAGUGUUCUGUCGAGAAACGUGCUAACGGGAAACUUUUACAAGAAGCUGAACAUGUGCUUCCGGAUUACCCCAGUUAGCACCGGUGCAGAAAUUUCUGCAGAAUAUCUGCACCCGGCUGCGGACAUUUCCGCACUGUUUCCGCAGAUUUCUGCACCCGGGUGCGGAACCAGUGCGGAAAUGAAACAAGUUUCUGCACCUAGUCCGCACCCGAUUGCGGAAAUUUCCGCACAAUAUCUGCGACCUUCUGCAUCGGGUGCGGAUAUUUCUGCACAGUAUCCGCACAUUUCUGCAGCCGGGUGCAGAUUCUGUGCGGAAAUGAAACAAAUUUUCCCACCCAGUCAUUACCCGGAUGCGGAAAUAGUGCAGAAGUUUCCGCACCCAGGUGCGGAAAAUCCGUACUCAGUCCCGGAAUUUCUGCCCCCAGUCCGCACUUAG